AGCAUCACGUCCAUUGCAGUUACUUUUCGAAAAUAUAUGUGUAAGUGUACACAAAAAACAAAUAUUGAAAGAUGUGAGCGGCAUUGUAAGACCAGGCCAAAUGCUGGCGGUGAUGGGACCGUCUGGUUGUGGGAAAACAACGUUGUUGGACUGUUUAAGCGGACACCGACGGCUUGACUCAGGCUCAGUACGCAUCAAUAGAGAAAGACUGUCGAAGAAAUGGCGAAGACGAAUAUGCUACGUGCUACAGCAAGAUAUUUUUUUCACUGGUCUAACUUUAAGAGAAACUUUAGAUUAUACUGCCAUGUUAAGAUUACCAGAGAAUAUGCCUAAGUCUGAAAAAUUAAGAUGUGUCGAUCACAUUUUAGAAGUAUUAGAGUUAACAUCGUGCCAGCACACAAAAAUAGGUGACUACAUGAAUCGUGGGCUAUCUGGUGGCGAGAAAAAACGUGCGAAUAUUGCGCAAGAACUCUUGACGAAUCCAUCGAUUAUGCUGUUAGACGAACCAACAUCUGGACUCGAUUCACAUGCCGCUUCCGAAAUAAUAUCUUCUUUGCAGCGAUACGCAGCGCAGGAGAACAAAACGGUUGUUAUGACAGUUCACCAGCCAUCUUCACAAAUGUUCCAUUUAUUCGAUAGACUGUUGCUGCUAUGCCGAGGUCAGACGGCAUAUUUUGGCGAUGUGAAUAAAGUUAUUGACUUCUUUCAAGACAUUGGCUUUCAAAUGAAACCUCAUUAUAAUCCUGCUGAUUUUAUCUUGGAACAAAUUAAGUCGUCUCCUGAAAAUAGAGAAAAAAUAUUAGCAGCGGCACGCAACACUCGUGUUUCCAUGAUUCCAAAUGAUUUGAAUGAAAUGAAAUUUUAUUCAAAAGAGCAUAACAGUAUAGUAGUAGAUGAAUUUAACAAAUUACACAACCUGAUCAAUAAAAACGAUCAUAAAAUUAUGACUGGAGACGACACCGGAUUUGAGAUAGAUGGGAAACAUCUGUGGGUCGAAACUCAUUCGCAUUCCAGUUCGACGUCGAGCGAUAGUCAAGACAAUGAGUUUCCAUUUGGAUAUCCGACUGGGUUUGUCACGCAGUUCAAAGUUCUUUCCAAGCGGAAUUUCAAAGAUGCUCGGCCUCGAAUGCUUUCCAAACUGAACUGGCUACAGACUGUGGCUCUGGGUAUUAUGGCAGGCUUGUUGUGGUAUCAAUUACCUCGCGAUGAAGCUUCCUUACACGACAUACAAGGAUGGAUGUUUUUCUCGCAAACGUAUUGGAUGUUAUUUGCCUUGUUCGGAGCACUGAGUUCAUUUCCGCCAGAACGGGAAGUUAUUUACAAGGAGCGAAGAUCGGGUGCAUAUCGACUCUCAGCGUACUAUAUAGCUAAAAUGGUUGGCGAAUUACCACUUGUUAUUGCACUUCCGACCAUUUACCAUUUAAUUAGUUAUCCUAUGAUGGCAUGCACCGAUUUUAGACCCGUCUUAUUCCUAAUGAUGUUAAUGUUCUUACUUCUGAACACAAUCGUUGCACAAAGUGUUGGCUUUUUCAUUGGAGCUGCGUGCAUGGAUAUGAAUUUAAGUAUUACACUAAGUGCGAUUUACACACUAGCAACGCAGCUCUUUGGAGGAUAUUUGUCCAAUCGGUUUCCACCGUGGCUGGAAUGGGUUCGUUACACGUCGAUGAUACAUUAUGCCUAUCAAAAUAUGCAGAUUCUUGAAUUCACGAACGGCCCUAAAAUAACAUGUGCUGAGCACAGCAAGUUUGAAGAAUGUACCAAUGGAACACGCUACAUACCAGUUGAGGCUAUCCUAGAAACUAGUGGCUGUUCGUCACCUCUGUGGUUCAAUACGCUAGUUCUCAUUGGUUUCUUGCUCGUAUUUCGCAUGUUGGGGUAUCUCGUUUUACGAUAUGUUAGGUGUCCAAAGUAAACUCCUGAUAUUUUAAAUCUAACAUACUAUAAGAUAGUAUAAAUAAAUUACUUUGUUAUAAUUUUUUAUUAUAUCAAUUUUAUUAUUACCUUUAUUAUAUUGUAACAAUUAUUCGCAAAUACACAUAGUAUAUACCUAUUAAUUAUGAUAUAAUAAUACUCCUU